AGCCCCUAAAUAAUAAUAUACGGUUUCAUCCACUAUAUCAUCCAUCUCCGUGUACUCACAUUCCACCACCGUCCUCCGGCCACCGCUCGCCGCUCAUUCCUCCGAUCGACGUCGAGAGUCGAAGUAAAUGGCUGGCACACCCAUGUUGCCACCUAACUUGGUGGCAGGUAGUGGUAACAUGGAAGGAAAUGCUGCAGCCGCUACCCCGACACUUGGCACAGACAUGACCGGAAUAUGCUUUAGGGAUCAGUUAUGGUUAAACACGUAUCCACUUGACCACAAUCUUGUCUUUGAUUACUUUGCACUUUCUCCUUUCUAUGAUUACACUUGCAACAAUGAGCAACUCAGGAUGCGGUCAAUUCAUCCCUUGGAUAUUUCUCAUCUUUCAAAAAUGACAGGAAUAGAAUUCAUGGUGAGCGAAGUUAUGGAGCCACACCUAUUUAUGAUGCGCAAGCAGAAGAGGGACGGUCCCGAGGUCACUCCAAUGCUAACCUACUAUGUGCUUGACGGUUCAAUAUACCAAGCACAACUUUGCAAUGUCUUUUCAGCUCGGGUUGGACGUGCUUUAUAUUAUAUAUCAAAGGCUUUUACAACUGUAGCCUCAAAGUUGGAGAAGGUUGGUUAUGUGGACUCAGAGGAUGAUAGCACAUCACAUGAACCAAAGGCUGCUAAGGAGACGAUUGACUUUAAGGAAGUCAAACGGGUAGACCACAUUCUUGCCUCGUUGCAACGCAAGCUUCCGGCUGCACCACCACCACCGCCAUUCCCGGAGGGUUACACACCACCAUCGACCGCAAAAGGAGAACAAGGCCCUGAAACCGAGCAAGCAGACCCUUCGAUUGACCCCAUUCUUGACCAAGGUCCAGCCAAAAGAACAAAAUAUGCUUAAUCUUGGUUACUUUAAUCUUGAACAAGUAAGAUUUAUAGCAGUGGCGGACCUAGAAAUUUUUUCAUGGGGGUGCGGAAUAUUUUUAAAGAUUU